AUGCAAGCAAAUGGUGUUUAAUCCCGUCUAAAAUAUGUCAUGCUUGCAUACGCACACCUGAUUAAAAACAUCGUAAAAACAUUCAAGAACUUGUAUAAAUAAUACACACAAUAUAAUAAAGAUAAAAACUGAAUAGCCGACGACACCGCUUAUAAGUAAAUAAUACCACCAUACCAAUAAAAUUAUGUAAUCGAGCAAUUUAUAUAAAACUAGAGGAUCACUGACGUAUCGACAUACUUAACUUGAACUAAUUGACACUACAGGUUCAUCGGGAACUGUAAAAAAUUCCUCGGAAAGGGAACGUUACAACAGAUAAAAUGAAGAAAAUUGUAAUUGUUGUAAUUUCCGUCGUUGCUGUUCUAGUAAUCGCUGCAAUAAUUGCAACUGUGGUUAUCUUGGUCAGAGACAAGGAUGACGAGAACGGUCAACCGGAAGCUGCUUGUGCAAAUUUGGAUCUUAAAUCGGCACAAAAUUGUACCAACGAUCCAAAUUUACUUACAAGUAAACUUCCGGCCUGCUGCGUCCCAUACGAAGAUUACUACCUGGCCCGAUUUAUAGAUGGGAACUCUCCCCGUGUCGACAACUCUUUUCCACCUUGGAUGAACCACAAUUUGCUUAAAUGUGGACAGAAAUUUGCCCACAACAACUGGUUCAGUUUAGGACUUGCAGCUGCCCUUGGGAGAGCGGCGAACAUGAAUAACCUCGAUAUUCGCGACGUAGCCAUGUUUACAGGGGUCAUGUCGACCCAGGCGGAAGGGUGUGAAAAAAUUCUGGCAUCCUUUGGCGCAAAAUUAACAGUGUGGUUCCAAGACGUGCAAUCCAAUCCACCCACCAAAACUCCAGAGAAUAACGACUUUCUCCAAAGUGUGAACCGAAUUCGCUGGCUGCAUGUCAAACUCGCCCGCGACAUUGAGGCGAAACGUCGCCAAUCUGGUUACACGAUUGACGAAAUUGUGGAUCCAGCCACGUACGAAAAUACCGAGAUAAACGAUGCCGUCUGGAACGCCUUUAAUGACGACUUGGUCAAUUCGGACAUUCCCGCCGAAGAGAGGGACCCUCCACCCAUGGAUUUUAUAAAUUCUUCGAUUCCCUACUUUAAUCAGCAUUCCAUUGCUCUCUUUCAAUAUAAUGCCUUCGCGUAUCCUGUCCUGAUUGGAAAGGUGUUCGGAGUCAAUGCCAGUGACGAGGAACUUUGGGCUUUUAAUCAUCUCAAUGCCGUAAUCGGAUACACUUUCGGACUCGAUGAUAAGUACAAUUUAGCUCUGCAGCCAGACCUGGAGUCACUUAGGACGUAUUAUGCAAAGAUAUUUAGAGGGUACAUCGUCCCAGGAUUUUUCCAUGUGCACAAAAAGACGAAAGUGACGAUUGAAAAUAUUAUGAAAGCAACCCGGGUAAAUACACCCGCCUGGACAUUACAGCUCUACCUGUACCGCGUUUUGACAAUGCUGGUCGAAAUCCCAGCCCCAAAUUUGUUCUCUUUGUUCACUGAAAAUGACAAGUUUCAUGAUCAGAACCUAAAUGGCAACGUUCUUCCGAAUAUUGCGGUUAACGAGACAUUCAGACGGAUAACGAAUGAGAACGGAAUAGCAGACCUGCUGAAAACUGGGGAAAAGUAUUAUGGCAAAAAUUACACGACGCAAUGGGGGCGAGCGCGAUUCACAUUUCUUACCCCGGUAGAAAAUAUAUAGAUAAUUAGCCAAUUCACGUCACACCUCUUGCAUAAGGCCCGUAACUACGCAAACUUGUGAAUACGAAGCUUAUGUAAGAAAAUUUUUCUGGUAAUUUUGCUUACGAAUACAAAUAUUUAUCUGCAAAGAUAAGCGGUAUGUUCGUCAUUCGUAAGCUUUUUUAAGUGAUGGAUUUUUGUAUUUUCACGAAUUUAAUAUUUUAUUGACGUCAAGCGGCGUAUACAUAAGUUACAAAAUUGAAGUCACAGAGCGAAUUUCGUAAAUAAUGUAUAUAAACUCAUUAUAUAAAUAAGUAUAUAUGAAUAUCCUGGUUUAUAUGUAUUUAAAAAAUAAAAUAAAUUGUUCAUGAAAACAUUACCAAUCCACAA